AUGCGCUCCCGCGGCCAGGACUGGCUGGUUGACCACCUCAAGCGAGACGGCGUGGUGGCGCACUCAGACGUGGAGCGGGCCCUGCGCCAGACGGACCGUGCUCACUACGUUGAUAGCGGCAUCCCGCUGGCCUACAUCUACCAGGCAGGAGGCCUGCAGCCUGCUGACUCCCCGCUGCCCAUCGGCUACCACGAGACCAUCUCCGCUCCUCACAUGCACGCCACCUGCCUGGAGCUGCUGCGGGGCCACCUGCGCCCGGGGGCCCGCGUGCUCGAUGUGGGCUCAGGCUCUGGCUACCUGGCAGCUGCCAUGGGGCUGAUGGUGGGGGAGGCGGGCAAGGUGAUUGGCAUCGAGAAGCAUCCGGAGCUUGCGGCACAGUCUGUGAAGAACGUGCGGGCAGACCAUCCAGAGCUGCUGGACAACGGUGUGGUGGAGCUGCGUGCGGGGAACGUGCUGGGGGAUGUGCUGGAGGGGGAGCAGGAGGGCUUUGAUGCGAUCCACGUGGGGGCUGCCGCCUCCUCGCUGCCAGACGUGCUGGUGCGCCAGCUCAGGCCUGGCGGGCGCAUGGUGAUUCCCGUGGGGCCGCAGUGGGAGUAUCAGGUCAUGCAAUGCAUCGACAAGGAUGCCGCCGGGCGCGUGAAGAAGCACGACCUCAUGCACGUGCGGUACGUACCGCUGACCAAGCCUGGGGAGAGCGAGUGGGAGCCGUGA